AUGCCUACCUGGAACGACGAGGAAACGAGCUCAGAGGAGGAGUGCGAGGUCGUCAGCAUGGACAUGGGACUUAUGGAGGAACCAGCCACCACUGUGGAGCCCCUUUUCUGUGGCCAACUUGAGCUUGCUCAUCCCAAGUGCAUUCUGGACCAAAUGAGGCCUAUUAAGCGUGUUGCUUUUGAAGGGCCUGUAAUAGGAAGGCGUUUCUAUGACUGCCCAGUCCAGGAAAAUGGUGUGAAUUGUGGUGUUGUAGAGUGGGUUGAUGGGCCUUGGCCAACUGUUCUUCAGAGAUGUUUGUGCAAGCUAUGGGAGAUGUUCCAUGAGCAGAACUUUGGAAGGGUGUACCAGAAACAAGUGGAGGAGGAAGAACUUGAGAAGAAGAAGAAGGAGCUAGAGGAGAAAGCUAUGUUGGAGGUGCAGAUGGAAAAGCUCAAACUUGCAAAAGAGCAGAGGUGCAUUUUGCAGAACCAAGCUGAUAUCAUCAAGAACACCAGGAAGGCUAUGAAGGAUGUUGAAGUUGACAGAGAUGUUCUUAAGAAGGAGAAGGCAAAACUUGAGCUUGUUGUUGCUGAGCUGCUGAAAGAAGGGUAUGGCAGCAAGGAGAAGUUAGAGCAAAUCAAGGCCAUCCUUGAGUCUUGA